AUGAAAAUUCCUGAGGAUCAGAAAUACUGAGAUUUAUGCGCAUCUAUUUGCUUAAUUAAUACUAUAUCAGAAUAUCUUCAUAAUGAUGAAGAUCAAAUUAGCAGUUUAAUGCAAAUAGAGCAAGCUCUAAAAGAUUCUCAAAAAUUUAACUUGAAAGAAGAAUCAAUAAAACAGCUGUGAGAUCAUACUGAAACGAAAAAAGAUAGCAUUUGAAGCUGGCUCAACAUUAUUUUGGAUGGUUGUUAUCUAUGAAAUUUGCUUUUUUAUCGAGAAGAAAAUACAACUUAUAUUUCUUCAUUAAAUUAUUGAAAGUUAGCCUGAGGGGAAUAUAUGAAAAAUAAGUCUGCUUACUUAGCUUGUAUCAGCAGUACAGAUAAGCCUAAAGUCUUAUUAGAAAAUAGCUAUGGUAAAUUCUUGCUGGUGUUAGCAUUUUCUAAUUCUGAAAAAAUUAUGUAUUAUUUUAAGAAAAAUUCAUGAUUUGCGUUAGGGAAUAGAGAAGAAAGCAUGGUAACUUUUCUCCCUGAUAUGUAUUUAUUGUACAUAAGAACGGAAGAUUGUCAAUUUCACGAAGAUAUUAAUUACGCUGAACAAUUUUUGAUUUUGAAUAGCAUGGAUAACCUAUCAAUUUUUUCAAAAUUGGAACAUUCAUAUUAUUCUGAGCGAUAUGAGAAAUCAAGAGACAUAGAGACAUUGACUAACGAAAAUGAUAUUCUUAAAAAAUCGCUCAAUAAAGAAGCACAUAAAUAUUCGGAGAGACUUGAGAAUCAAGAAAGAGAUAUAGAAAGAUUGACUGCUGAGAAUGAAACUCUUAACAAAUCAGUAAAUGAAGCUUCAGGUGCAAUGUCAAAACAAAAAUCUGAAAUUGAAAAACUUAAAAAUGAAAUUUCUAAUUUAAAACAGCUAUUAAAUAAUAAAGAAAGAGAAGCAGAAAAUCUAGAAAAAGCUAAUAAAGCAUUGGAAUCUGAGCUCAACAAGCAAAAGCAAAGCAAUAACUCGCUCCAAAGUGAAUAUGAUAAGUUAAUGCAGUAUAAUAAUAAUUUAUCUUCGAAAAACAAAGAGCAAGUGCAAUCCGAGCUUGAAAAGUUUUAUAGCAAGAUAAAUCAAGCCUGUGAUGAACUUAAUCAAGGCAUAAUCUCAACAAUUCAUUGUCCAGAAGCUGAACUAGUUCGUAAAGAUCACACCCUCAAACAGUAUGACCUUUCAGCAAGUUCUCAUUUGAAAGAAUCAAAAACUUCUAUAUUUCCUAAUAUUAAACAGGGAAUUCCCAAUCUCGGAAACACUUGCUAUUUGAACUCAGUUUUGCAAAUCUUCGCAAGCACAAAUACGCUUUUUGAAUUUAUUGGUACAAAAGAGGAUAGCUUGUCAAUAGCCUUAUAUAAUGUUCUUUUAGCUAUUCGAAUGGGAAGCUUUGAAGCAUUAGUAAGAUCAUUAAAAUCAGAGAUUGACGCAGUCUUUCCGAUGUUCUUGCAUGGAGAGCAACAGGAUGCAAAAGAACUACUCGUAACACUAUUUGAUCAUACUUUAGAUGCAAGAGCAAAAUCAUUAUUCUCUUUUUGCUACCAUGAGAAGCUGCCUUGCGAUAACUGCGGAAAAGUAUCACUUCUAAUAAGGGAGGAAAAUUUACUUCUUAUUCCAAGCCAUGAAACAAGUAUUACAUCUUUUCUUAAUAAAAUAACAGAACCAAAAAGCAUUCAAGGUCAAGGACUGAAAUGUGAAUCAUGCAAUCAAUUUUCAAUUUUUAAAACAGAAAUCACUAGUAUUGAGUCUCCACAUUACUUAAUUUUCUACUUGUCUAGGUCAGAAAAUGGAAACCCAAGGCCUUAUAAUUUUUUAGAAGAGACUUUAACAUUAAAUAGCCAAACUUACUGCUUGUAUGGAGUUAUUUGCUAUUAUAAGAAUGGAAAUGGAGGGCACUAUACAGCAUUUACAAGGGAUGGAGACCAAUGGAACAAUUAUAAUGACAAUAUUGUUGGAAUUAAAACCUUUGACCAAAAUGAUGCUUAUUUAGCUUUUUAUUCAGUAAUAUCUUAA